CACACACACAGAGCCUUUCUGCGGGACGAUCAGUCGCAAUCUGCGCUGCAUGCACACUGCUGCUCCCCCCGUGCGCGCGCGCGUGUGUGUGUUUACAAGUGUUUGAACGAGUGCCACAAACGAGGGAAGAAAAAGGAGGAUAAAGCCAAGGAAGGAGGGAUGGUGGACAAUUCAGGCAGUAGUAAGGCACAAAUGCCCAGCAUGUCUCAGGAGCCUGGUGUGGCCUUUCCUCAGAGCGCCUCCACAGGGGGGAUGAAGCUGGAGGCAGUAAUGGAGCAGCUCCAGCGCCAGCAGCAGGCCCGACUGGAAAUGGAGCGCAAGGAGAGGAAGCUGCGAGAGGCCCAUAUCAUGUAUGCUCAGCAGGUUGCUGCCCAGCAGGCCAUCCUGGCAGCUGCCCGGGCUUCUGGGGCCAGCUUCAUGGGCAAAGGCCUGGCGGGAGGGGUCCCUGGUGGCGGGUUACCUCCCCGGGUGUCCAAUCAAAGCAGUGUGGACUCAGAAAGAGAAGAUGACGAGGACAGAGGCCGGGAUUCUGGGGAUGAGGAUGACGACAAUGAGAUGAUGGAGGGGGACGAGGGCAGUGAUGAGGAUGAGGGAAGCCCCAGUGGUCUGGAGUUCCUCCGCAAGCAGACCCUUGCAUUGCAGCAGAGCGCCUCUCGCAUCCCGCCUCGUCCGUUUAGCAGUUACUCUGCAUCGGCCCCCCAAAGGGCUGCGUCCCCACCUAUCAGAGUAAAGCAGGAGCCUGACGAGGGCCUGUCUCCUGCGGGGCCUCACUCUGCUGCCUCUCCUAACGGACAGGCCGACUGGGGCUUUGAUGACCACUUCAGACAGAAUGGGAGUGCCGGCUGGGCAGACGAGGCCGACAGUAGCAGAGGAAGAGGAGAGGCCUCCAGAGACUUUGCUAAGUUGUAUGAACUAGACAGUGAUCCCAAAAGGAAGGAGUUUUUGGAUGACCUUUUCACCUUCAUGCAGAAAAGAGGAACCCCAGUCAAUCGUAUCCCCAUUAUGGCUAAGCAAGUCCUGGAUCUGUACAUGCUGUACAAGCUGGUGACAGAAAAGGGAGGCCUGGUAGAGGUUAUCAACAAGAAGAUCUGGAGAGAAAUCACAAAGGGACUCAACCUGCCUACCUCCAUCACCAGUGCAGCUUUCACCCUGCGCACACAGUACAUGAAAUACCUGUACCCAUAUGAGUGCGAGAGGAAAGGCCUCAGCUCCCCGGGGGAGCUUCAGGCAGCUAUCGACAGUAACCGGCGCGAGGGUCGUCGUCCAAGCUACAGCAGCAGCCUCUUCCGCUUCUCUCCUUCUCCAAGCACAGCUCCCCACAUCCUCUCACCUCCCAAGAUGCACCUUUCCGCUCUGGGGGCAGGGACCUCAGGGGCCCUCAAUGGUCUGCAUGCCUCACCAGGACCCUCUAUGAAAAAAGGUCGUCAAAUACCGACAGUUUGGGUCCCUGGGAAUGAGAGUCAACAUUCAACACUCUUUCUUGGCUCUGAUGACCUGACCCCCUCCAUCAUGGCAGCGAGACCCUCCAUGGCACUGGCCCUGGGUCAGCAGCAGGUUGCGGGUUUGGCCAGAGCUGCUACGCUGGAGCAGCUGAGAGAAAAGUUGGAGACAAGUGGCGGAAUGGAGGGACCAGAGAGGAAGAUGGCCCGCCUGGCGGAGGAGCAGCAGCGUCUGAUGCAGCAGGCUUUCCAACACAAUCUGCUGGCCAUGGCUUCACAGAUGCCCAUGAACCUGCGUCUGGGAGCCCCCACCAUCACCACCAGAGAUGAGAAGCAGCAGGACAUGUCUCUUAGCAUCUCAACCAACGGAAAUGCCAGCAUCACUGUCUCAGUGGAGGUCAAUGGCACAAUCUACUCAGGAACCCUGUUUGCCCAGAAGUCUGGAGGGGUCCCAGGGCCUGCUGUGUCGGCUGCUGCUGUUUCAGCCUCCACUGCUGGAACCAGCACUAGCUUUGGCUUCUCUGUACCCUUGUCUCAGACCCUCAGCCCCGCAUCCUCCUCCUCCUCCAAGGGUCCUGGCUCUGCCGAGCCGACCCCAGGCGGGUCGCCCUAACUCAGGAUGCCCUUUGUACCUGUUCCCCAGGCCUCUCUUCCACCGGGAGGCCCAGCAAGAAUAUACAGUACAAUGAGAAACCGAUAAGAAUAACAAACUGUUGCACAACAAAUACCUCAUCAACCCUGUCAACCUCUUGGCUGUCCAAUCAUGAACACAGAGCCUAAGAAUAUUAUAUGACAACAUGUGCCCAAACGCACAGCUAUGCAUUUUAUUCAACGUACAAACAUAAACACAUGCUACACUACACACACACACAAUUAUAAAUAUACAGACACAAUCUACACAUACAUACACUUGUUAAUCCUUAUGUACAUGCUAAACACAAUCAGCUCAGCCAAAACCCACUGACAGGUGUAGUCACAACUGAACUUGAAAAGUUUUAUCUUAGGACAUUUUAUUUGUUUGUUGCCAUUUUGUUGUCUUUUUGAUUUUGUGUUUUAGAAUGAUUUUAUUUUUAGUUUUUCUCUUUUUACAUACCUCAAAUCAAGUAACCUGCAGUGGUGUCUUUACCUCAGGAGCUGUAGUAUAUUUAACCUGAAUCAACUUUAUUUUUGUAUUCUUUUUGACCUAGUUGCAAUCAGGGGAAGUUGGGUAACUCUCACCUCAUGUACAGAGCACCCACCUCAGCGACAGGCCUCCAACCCGGGCUGCUCAGGUUUCAACAACACGCUGUAGACUCUUGCUGAACUCAAACUAGUGAAUGAUCAGAUGCUGUAGAUCAGCACAUUAAAUACCUAAUUACACAAGUCCGCCCUCAGUUCAGAUCAUGUCAAGUCCUUUAUGGUGGUUGGAAGGUUAAUGGCGUACACAAACCUCACCAAACCGUUAACUCUCACUAGCAAUGCACAGGAUUUUUAUGUCCACCUAAAAUACAACUCAUCGCAGGUCCACACAAGCUGUCUUGAAACACGUAGCGCACAAAGUUGGGGCAACAGCAACUCUAAUCCACCCACAGCAGGCCCUGAGCUCAUUUUCCCACUCGGCUCCUGUCUGUGUUACAGAGAGGUAGUACAGAAUCAGUUCAGAGUUUGUUGUCCCCCAUUUUGUUUGUGCAUCCUUCCUCCAGAGUGUCAAUCUGACGGCGUCAUGGUCAAUGCGUAGUUCUCAGACCUCAUACUGGCCUCUCUGCUCUGGAGGGCAUCUCUCUCAGGAAACAAUGUGACAACUGCAAGGAAUCACUGUUAAUUUAAAGAAGGAAUAAUAAGGAUUCAUAACCGAAGACUGCACAAGUCUACGUGACUGUACAAGAAUACCUCAACAGACUCUUUCAAAAGGAGAGCUACACUACAUACCUCAUACGGCUGCAAAGCCAUCGAGACUUGACACCCAACCUGAGAUGGACCUCCUACCUGAACUGAAACUGACAUGAACGAACUGACACACUGCUGGUGGUUUUGGGGACAAACAGAACUGGGAUGGGCCUGCUAUUGCUCUCCUCCUGUAUUUACUUGUAGAACUUGUUUUAUGCUUGCUUCUGGUUUUUUUGUUGUUUUUUUUUUGGGGGGGGGGUCCUCAAAUUGUUGUCUGAUAAGAGUGAUAUAUCUGCUUUUUUUUUCAGGGAAGAGGAAACGAAUAGUUAGUUCCUCACUGACACAUGUACAUUUGUAGGAUUGUUAACAGGUUUCAAGGUCGCAGGGGUCAAACAAAUUCCAAACAAUCGACCAUCUUAACCUUAAAAUGAACUGCGAACACCUAAAUCGCAGUGGGCACGUCUUCUUUCACGACAGCGGCAAAAUGAUAUGCAUGUGUACAAUCAUGUGACCAGUGUUUUAACACCCUAAUGUUCUGGUUCACGUUAGCCUCUGGUUAUUGCACAGCUAGAUACCAAAGACUAGCCAGGUCGCUUUUCUUGAUUGAUCCCUCGUACAAUCCUUCCCACACCUGCUGUGGUGCACAGCGAGGCAGUUCAAGGUCUGUUUUGGACUGCAGAAAAUGUUUCAUCUAAUCGCAUUUAAUCUGAUUUUGAGUUAUUUUUUCCCUAAAGCAAGUGAAAGUAUCCUAAGGUGAGGUGAGGUAAAUUCCCUUUCUUCACAUUUUACAGCAUGACUUGAUUAUUGGAAAGUUACAAUGGAAAUAAGUCAAAUUUAAAAACUAGAAUCUAAAAUCUGAUUACAUGACAGAUGGUAAAUUGUCAGAAGACAGAUUUAGGUCUUUCGAUCCAGAACAGUAGCCGAGAUGCUGUGGCUUUCGCGAGCUGUCUCCCUAUUUUAAUCUUGUACAUUUAUGGGCUCUUGGGGCUGGUUGUUGACACGACACCCAAUGGGGACGCAGGGCCCCUUAGUCUUGCCCCCUUUAUUAAAACACCCACUUCCUGAUAAUCCAGGAACAGUUGGAUUAUGUCUCAAGUUGUAAGGUAUUUUUCUCCCUUUUUAAAGUACAUUUUUAGCAUUUUGAAAAACCGCAAAGGAUGAAAAUGAAUUUUCUAGCUUUAUCUGUGUUGAAUGUGAGGCAUUUUAACUGUUUAGAAACCUCUUUAAGCCCAGUGUGAUCUGAGGUGGGCAGCCUUGUUGCUUUUAUUAGACCGUAUUUUAGCCAUUACGUGUCAGGAUUUCCAGACAAUUUGCAGUGUAGAUCACAGUUGAGGGUUUGAGGACUUUAAGGGACGGUGCCGUAAGUCCUUCAGGCGUACCCUUCAGAACCCUGUAUGACACAUAACUGUAUUUUAUAAAGGUGAGAACUGUAGAUGCUGCCUUAAAGUAGUUGCUGGUGAGAUCCAGCCAGUGUAGCUUUCACUACUCAACUGGCUGGGAAAAUGUCUUUCUCUUCAAGCUUAAUCCUUUGGAGAGUAAUCACUUUUAUUUUGGUAAGCAAUUCAAUCAGACGUUAGACACCAGUUGUCAUUCAUGCUUUUGCAUUAACAACUGAGCUUUGCUAUUUAUUUGUUUUUCUUUUCCUGGUGGACCUUGUUUUUAGUAACUGUUAAGCUUAAUCAUUUAGGCCGUGUUACUAAAACAUUUUCUUGUUUCUAAGUCCAAGCUUUCUGUUUCAUCUGCUUAGUCUAAGCAAUGAUUGUUUGAUAGUGUAGCUUCACUGCCUUUGUGUGCGUGCGUGCGUGCGUGCGUGCGUGCGUGUGUGUGUGUGUGUGUGUGCAUGCGUAUGUGUGUAUGUGUGUGUGUGUGUGUGCAUGCGUAUGUGUGAGCAAGUUCAGUGUAUAAGGUCUUGCCAUUCUACCAUGUGGAGUACACCACCUACAUACACUUGUAAUACCAUUAAGUAUACUGCAGGUGGCACCACUGCCACAUAUAUAUAUAUAUAUUAUAUAGAUUAUAGAUUAUAUAUAUAUAUAUAUUAUAUUAUAUUAUAUCACAGGAGAAGGUGUUUGCUCUCAAAUGUGAGUUUUGAUUACAUGUUUGUAAAAUCUUAACUUAAAUGGAGAAAUGUCUCCCAUAUUGUUCAGUGGGAGCUGCCCAUUACACCCACAGCCGUCUCCUGCUGUUGAAGGCCACUGUGUUGUUCGUUGUUUAGGGAGGGGAAAGUGUUGAGGGUUGGUCAUUCACUUCUCUCUGACCUCCAGGCUCCUGCCACCUGACUUGCUGUGUGGAUGAGUAUAUAUGAUGUGUGUGUGUGUGUGUGUGUGUGUGUGUGUGUAUGUCUAUUAGAGACGCCCCUACCUCGUCAUACCACAAUACCUCAGGGCAGUGGGCUGCAGUCACUGUUGUAUUUGAUAUUGAAGCUGCAUUGAGAGACGAGUGCUGAUGGAAGCCGUGGUCACUUCGCUGAAUGCUACUUUGGUUUAGGUGUUGCAUUUUUGUCGUCAGUAACUGCAGGCAAGGUCUCGUCACUCAGGAAGCUGUGAAGUUGGAAGUCUGCAGAACCUUUUGUCUCUCAGAUGAUUUUGGAGUUAAUUCAGUUUUAAAUUGUUUAAAAAUUAACCUGAUCUGUGUAAAAACAGGCGCAUAUGCAAGUGGUUAUCGAAUACCUCAUUUAUCAAUUUUAUGUUGUUUUUGGCUUGUACAAUGCUCCGUAUAUUAAUUCAACUGUGGGGUUGUGCAUAUUUUUGUACUGUUGUUAUUAUUAUGGACAUGAUAAUAAUGAUAUUACUGAUAUUAUAGUUUUCUCUUUGAUUAAGCAAACAAAAAAUAGGACAAAACACAUGAAUGCUUGUAAAAACUGGUUUGUGCUGAUUGUAUUUAAGAGGAGCACUUUUCCAUAGUGGUUUUCACACAUUCAGUUUUGUUCAUAUUAGUAAUAUAAAGAUAUGGUUCUCAGGGCUUUAAACUUGUAUGUCAUGAUAAAGUUUUACUUUAUAUCUUA